UUGUUGGUGUUGUGUUGUUUAUAACCCAGAUCAGUAAGGUAAAAAACAUUGAUUCACUUGGCCGGAAGUUAGAUAAUUGUCAUGGCAAUUAAGGUAUAUCGCGCUUAAUUAAAAAUAAACGAGAUAGAGUAAGUUGACUAUAAAAUAUCACGGAACUAUUACAAGACUGCAGCCUAUACAGCAUCAUAAAUAACGAAUGAAACAGUAACCACCGGAAAUCCUAGUGUUUGGAAUUGUUUUCUUUUAUUGAGUUUAUAUGGCUGCUUUUGUUAGAUUUAUUAUUAUCUCCUGUUUCCUAUACAGUAAAAUAAAUUAUGUGGUCAACAUCAAUUGCUAUGUGUGUUACCGUUGUUCAUAUUUGCUAAACUUCACCAUUGACAAGUACAGUGUUGUCUCUGGCUGCAAUAAAUGUCAAACAACACUGGAUUAUAAUGAUCCUUUGAAAGCUGAUCGCAGAUGCGUCACUUCUGAACAAGAAAAGUACUUCGAUCUUUUAGAUAUAAAUUACCAAGAAGGAUGUCGCAAUAUUAGCCAAAUUCCAACUGUUGAAGAACCUAAAUUCUAUUGCUUUUGUUUGGAAAAUCUUUGCAAUAGAGCUUCAAAAGGAAAAUUUGACAUCUUGUUGCUGAAAUUUUCGUUUUUAUUCUUAUUAUUCUAUAUCUUAUUUUAGUUAUCCAGUCACCCAUGAAGAAUGAUUCUUUACAUUAUGCAAUCCACAAGUAUUCCCAUCUUCCAAACUACAGCUGAUCUUUCUUUUGGUCAUUUACACAAAGGAUCUCUGUGAACUUUGUGGAAUUUACCUUUCCCUCACUUUUCUUAAUGAUGAUGGUUUUAUAAGAAGUUCUCCCAUGGAGAAAGCUAUCCCAUUUGUUGCUUGCUAUACAUCAUACUCCACACUACACACAAAGGAAAUCUUCUCCACUCCAUCAAACUGACCACCAUAUAUACAUACAUGCCAAGUGUGAAAAUAACUUCAGUCAUUUCAAACCAACAAGGAUACCUGCCCUGACAACGCUCUCUCUAUUAUCUUGAAAUAAUACACCCUCCAACUUGCACCAAACACUUCAAUCUCUCUCUUUCUCUCCCUUGGGGAAUAUCCCAGUCUUUGGACAUAGUGUUCUAUACCCAAGAAACAUAAUACUUCUGGUUCUAGUUCUGCUAACUACCAUCAUAUUGAACCCAUUUCAAACAACUUAAUGGUGAUGGAAAAGCCCAUUAACAGCAACAUGUAUCUCUCUCCUGCCUUAUUCAUCACCAAUAUGGCUUCCAUAGUUUUUUUUCAUUAUAAACACAAUGACCUAACAUAUCUAUUUGAGAAAUUUAAUUCCAGGAUUCCCAGUAUAGCAGAAACGUUGCAUUUAUGAGAAUUUUGCAUAAGCAGGUGUUCCAUAAUGCAAAACAUUUUUUGUUUGACUUCCAUAUACAUGGAAUCAAUAGAAAAAUUAAUUUUGCAUUAAAGAACUUCAGAUUACAAGAUUUUUUAAUACAUACAAUGCCUCCUGUAUAAAAUAACAUUAUAUGAACUUAGUAAUUUUGAGAGAUAUGAAGUAAAUUAUUCUUAACAGUGGAAUUUGAAAUAGGUAAAGCCAUAAAUAAAAGUAUGGAGGAUAUUAGGUUAAAAAUAAAACCCUUGGAUAAUGGAAAAAGUUGAAGGAUGCUCUUCAACAUUUUCUAUCCAGUGAGUUUUUUAACAAAAUAUCCUAUAAGCUAUUCUUUAUACUUUCAUCUACUUUGGGUUCCACUGUUAAAAAUAACCAUGGUCAAACUGGGGGGGGGGGGGGGGAAAUGAGAUAGUCUAGUAUUUGAGGAUAAGAAAAAAACUAACACAAACUUAUGAAAAUGAAGAUAUUGAAGACUUAGCCCCCAAGGCAUCUUAUGGUUAGUGUAUACACUGUAUUGUCUGCAAUUAUGAAACAUUGCAUGUGUAUUGUAUAUUGUAGCAACACUUCUACAAUAUAUAUAGUUACAAGCAUGGAGGCAUAAUGGUUCAGUGGUUAGGGCAGCAGACUUGUGGUCAUAGGAUCACAGUUUUGAUUCUCUGAGUGUUUAUUGAGC